CCGACAUGACCCAAUAUCAGAUAAGAUCUGACGGCUAGGAUUAACUUUCUGAUAUAUAAAUAAAAACUAGGGCAUCCCGCCUCACAAUAUUAAGCCUUGGAGGAAAAGAGAGGGGGCCGUUUUCGACUUCCACUGCCACACAACAAUGGGGGCUUAUAAGUAUGUUUCGGAGCUAUGGAGGAAGAAACAGUCAGACGUUAUGAGGUUUCUGCAGAGGGUGAGGUGCUGGGAAUACCGGCAACAUCCUUCAAUUGUGCGUGUCACUCAUCCUACUCGUCCUGAUAAGGCUCGCCGUUUGGGUUACAAGGCAAAGCAGGGGUACGUGGUCUAUCGCAUUCGUGUGAGACGUGGUGGAAGGAAGAGGCCAGUUCCUAAGGGUAUUGUUUAUGGCAAGCCAACAAAUCAGGGUGUUACACAGCUCAAGUUCCAGCGUAGCAAGAGAUCUGUUGCCGAGGAGCGUGCAGGAAGGAAAUUAGGUGGUCUCAAAGUUCUCAACUCAUAUUGGAUUAAUGAGGAUUCCACUUACAAAUAUUUUGAGGUCAUCCUGGUCGAUGCUGCUCACAAUGCUAUUCGCAAUGAUCCAAGGAUCAACUGGAUCUGCAAUCCUGUCCACAAACACAGAGAGCUUCGUGGUCUCACAUCUGCUGGAAAGAAGUACAGGGGUCUCCGAGGAAGGGGACACUUGCACCACAAGGCACGGCCUUCCAGGAGGGCAACAUGGAAAAGGAACCAAACUCUUUCUCUCCGCCGCUAUCGGUGAUUGCACGGACAUGUAUUUGGUGCUUUCGUUUCUGUGCGGACUUGGUGCUUUCUUGAAGACUUUGCCAUUGAGAGAUUAUUAUGAUAGUUUAUUACUGUUUGUUUAGUACUUGCUGCAUUGGAUGUAGCCUUAUUUUGAUACAAGUUUAUUCACUUGUAAGACUGGAUAUCCUUGACUUUAUUGCAGUAGAUUUUUGUUGUUGGAUGAUUU